AAAGUGGAAGUAACUUUAAAUUGCGUUAUAUAGAGAUUAUCGUCGUUAAAGAAAGUCACUCUAACCGGAUCUAUAUAAUUAAUUGGAUUUAUUUUAACCGAGUGACGUGAGUCUUGGACUUAAAUGCUGAGAGAAAAAUUUUCCCUCGCCGUCUCAUAACGUAUUUGAAACUUGGAAGACAAAGCGCAAAUUGCAAAGUUUUCACAGCAAACAUACGUAUCUAAUGUACAAAAUUAAAAAGAUGUUUGCAAAGCUGAUAAAUUAUUCCCAGUUUAUUUAUUUCCGAAAUAUUACGUCCCCAUUACGUCAACAAAUUCUGUUGAAUAAUAACCAUAAAAAAAAACUAUCGAUAGUGUAACUUUAUUUUGACGGAUCGUCACAACUUCAGGUCUUAACAAAGACAACGACAAGCACCGAACAUCUCGUGCUUGACAUUUCCAUCAUUUACAAUUCAAAAUCUAAAUUUUCAAGUGUAAUUUUCCUAAAUUACGGAUGAACUCGCGCUGCGAAUAGAAUAAUGCAUUAUUGAUCACGAAGGAGAACAAACGGGCACGACAGCUGCAGCCGGGAUCUAAAUUUGUUAAAGCAAAUCAAUGAUCUAGCCUCUGGUACCGAUGAUUAAUUUGCCUUGUAACGCGGCCUCGAUGUCACAGGUCACGCCCUGUCAGAACGUACCCGUGCAGACGAGUCAGUAUAAUUUUCCAACAUGUCAACAACGGCAAACCAGCACUCAGCAGAUGCAAACUGCAGCAUGCGGUCCGUACUCCGGAACUUCUCAAGGAGGAACCUUCACCCACGUUUGCCAGCAAUGUGUACCGGGUGCAUCGCAACCAGUGACAAAUCCAUGUCGUUCAAUUUUUCAAGGUCUACCGCCAACUCAUCCCGGCUGCGGCCAGCUGCCACAGAAUAUUUUAGACCAGAUUCGUGCGUGCGUUAACAAUACCGCACCCAUCUUCAUCUUACCCGGCCAACCAUCGCCGGCAUCCCAACAGCAGCAGCAGCAGCAGCAGCAACAACAACAGCAGCAGCAACAGCAACCAUCCAUGCCUCCUUUGGCACCUCAAAUAGCGUCCUCGCUUCCAGUAGCAUAUCCACCGAGUGGAUUAACUUAUCCUACUGCCUGUUAUCCAUCUCCACCACCGCAAUUCUAUCCCUAUCCCAUGCCUGUGCCGUUCUGCGAUCCGUUUAUUCGCACUCGUGAAGCCAUGCCAAAUUGCGGAUGUUGCCGGAAAGGAGACGUUGACACGGCAGAAAUCAGAAACGUCUUACGCGCCGGCUGUCGUUACGACGCCGCUGAUCUGGACGAGCAUCGUUGCACGCCAACCGUCGAUGAUACCGUUUGCUCGAAAAGGACCUGUCCAUCUUCGUUACAUCUGCAAGCUCUAGCAUCUCAAUUUUUGUCAAUGCAGGGCAUCAUACCGUGCGCCGCCACACGACUGGUAUUACGUAAAGUGCCAGGUUCGAAUGUGACCACAACCAUGGAGGACACGAUGACAAGGGCGCAGAAGGCGAUAAGUACUCUGACGAAAGAUCAGUUGUUGUCGGAAUCGAGGAAUGCGCAGCAAGUGAGCACACUGAUCAAUCUACACAUGACGGCCAAUCCACCACCGAACAUCAUCCCGAUUCUCACACUAGUACAGCUGAAGAUGAAUCUGUUGAAGACACAGGUCGAGGGACUUGUUAAUCAGAAGAUAAUGGAGAUUCAAGGAGUCGGUAUAGAGGUGGAGACCGAUCUCAUAGAUCCCACGAUCCUCGCCCUCAAAUCCGACGCUGAGCUGCGGGACUUCCUGUCGGCGCUACGGCAGAAAGAAUGCGAUGAGCGAGUGAACGUAAAUUUUGCACCGUACCGCUCGCAGCGUGCGAUCGCGGAGACUCGGCUGAGCAACAUUCAGAAUAAGAUCCGUCAAGUGGAGACAGAGUUCGAUCGCAGGCGGUGCGCGAUGCUGCCGGCGCCGACAUUGUCGUCGCGCGUCGUGCAACAAUUCACCAGGCCGUGUUAUUCAGCGAGAUUCGAGGAUCCCAGGAAGCUCUACAGCAUGUUGCCGCCAGACAUUCCUCGUUCACCGGACCCCUUCACUUACGUAAAACCGCGAAGCCCUAAGAGGCUACUGUUGAAGCCGUGUACGGCUAAACCGGAAACUAUUACGCGACCCGCUGCCGUUUCAGUAACUAGCAAGCGCGGUAAUCCUCAUAAAAAUCCGGAAGAUGGAAGCGGUGCUGACCGCGCAAAGGAAGAACGUCCCACGGCCGCGUCUCCCGAUCGGCAGCGUUCCAGCACGGAGAAUUGUGCGUGUUGCGACGGAACAACGUCGGAGGAGAGCAUCGGCGAGGCUAAAAAAAAACUCCGAAUCAUUGAAAUAGACGCAACGGCGUCGAUCAGUGAUGUCCAAGGGUUUGAACGCGACGCGUCGUCCUUGGUGAAGCUAACGUCGAACGUAUGCGUGAGGAUCGACGCGGAAGAAUAUGGGGAGAGAAACGAGAUGCUGACCAACGGAAUUCCAUGCGGCGCAAAAUGCUGGACGACCGAGGCGUGCAUCAAUGUCGUCGACAACGAAUCGGUCAAGACUUUAACGGAGUCUGAGAGUGACGCGAUUACGCUCGCGAUUAGUGAGAAGGUAGACGCGGUGGAUGUUUGCGAAGCGCGAGACGUAAUGGAGAUUGGAAGCAGCGAUCAGACAAAGAGUCGGCAGGAAUUUGAAAGUUCAAAUUUACAACAAUUUAAAAAACAAACGGAAGACGAAAUUACAAUUCCGAGGGGAAAUGAAGCGAUUAAGGAACAUGGCAUUGAGAUUAAAAGUUUGCAAGAUGUCUCGCCGCCGAAAGCUGAUCGAGAAGAGGUAAGAGCGGUAAGAGCUACAACUAUCGCGGAAGUCAUAAAUAAAGAUCUCAUUUCGAAUGUACAGGAAACGGAAGGAAAGCCAUCAGACAGCAGCGUAUCCACUUCGUCAAAGAUCAAAGAUACAUUAUCGAAGAAAGAGAAAUGCGAGGAUGAACCGAAAGAUAAAAACGGCGAAAUUUUACCAUCGACCGCGGAUGCGAUGGAACGAAGCACAAGUCAAGUACCGAUGAGCAAAAGCAAGAAAAUAAGAUUUAGCAUUGUCUCAUUAAUGACAAAUAUCGUGUACGAUAAAAACCAUGAAUAUGAAAGAAGGCAAAGGAUUAAGAAGAGAACGGCAACAAGUGAAAGAGAAAUAAAUACAACCACCGAUCCGGAUAUUGAAAAAUUAAGUAAUCGCAGUUCAAUAGAAAAUCUUGUAAGAAGUGCCGUCACACGCAACGUUAUCGGAAAAAAUCACUCGGAGAACAUAUUCUCAAAGAAAUUAGAUCUUCCAAAGCUCUGCUUCGAUCAUCAAUGUCAAACUAUAUUCAAAGAAGAUAAAAAUACAACCGUUGCAUUGAUAGGAACAAAUAUAUUUCCUCCAUUCAAAAAUCUGCAUAAACAUGUAACAGUUGAGAAAAAUGGAGACGACGUAGGAACUUAUCCAAAUCCGAUAACGAAAGCAAGAAUUACGACUACAAAACGGUUAACCCGCUGCAACGGUGUCACAGAAAGCACCUUAGAGACUCUUAGCAAGAAUAACGUGCCUUAUCAUUCCGAUGCGGAAUGCGAAGGAAGCUUAGUUUCAAAACUAUUUUCUAUAAUUAGUAACCGCAUGACCGCAUUAAUUAAUAAAAUAAUUAUACUCAACGGAAGAUUGUUACAUGCGAUUCGUUGCGCGAUAUUCCAUAAAAACUUAAACGUUGAUAUUCUUAGCAGAAACGUUUUGAUAAGCGAUCGUUCCGAACUAAUCUCGCAAGAUUGUGAUCCACUCGUCAAUGCUUCGCAUUAUUCUUUAAAUUAUAAAAUUCCCAGAAUUAGCAAGCAUGAUGUUUCAGAUACAAAUUUAUUAUGGAUUUCUACAAAAGAAGGAUAUAAUAGAUUACACAAAAUAAAACAUUCAAUAAUUGAAGAUCAAAAACACGAUAGAAAAUACUUGAUCGGUUCAUCAAAUCACAAUCGUGACCUGAUACUAACGCGUGAUUUAGGUCGACCGUACAAAGUGCAGAAGAGUCUCUUGAUACGUAGUCGAUUGAAAAAUUCUUUAAAUUCGCAGGAUUACCCGCAUCCUUUUUCUCUUUUGAAACAUACUGGGGAAAAUGUACUUCAAUCUCGUCAAGCGAAAUGUAACAAGAACAUAGAAACGAUCAAAAAAAACAAAAGACCCGAACUGAAGAGUAGCGAAAAAUUCUGGACAUUAUCGAAAAUUGUAAGAACAAACGGUAAAACAUCAGAAAUUAGGAAAUAUGGUGAGUCCGAAGAACAAAUUUUAAACGAAUAUUCACAGGAUGAUGUUAAAAAUAAUAACUUGUUCAACAUGCGAGAACAUACAGCUCUUGAUAACACUGCAGCCAGUAAUGAACUCGUGAUAAAUGUUCACGAUUAUCUCGAAUUGCAAACUGAAAUAAAUAAGAGUAUAUAUGAAAACCAUAGCGGAUAUUUAUUGAUAUCUAGUAACUGAUAAAUAUUUAGAAUAUACUAACAAAUAAUUAGGAAUUGUAAAGGUAUGUAACGAUUCUUUAUUUUCGCUAAAGGCUAAUUAAAGUACGCAACUAUAGUGUAACUUCUUUCCUUUAUUAAUAACUUUUAUUCUUUCGCCAGUGAUCUAUUCUGUCGUCGCUAUAGCUGUCUAAUGAGAAUUUUUAGAAUUGUGGCGUAGCAACAGUACGACGAUAAAUAUAUUUCAAUGCUUCCCCAAAAUCAUUCGUUCCAGACUCUAUAAAAGAGUUGCAAGAAUGAAAAAAAGUAUUUGUCACAUGUCCCAUACACUCGCAUCGAAUCAGCACACCAUACCGUUACAACGUGAACACAUGCAUAUCAAGUACAGUUUAAUUCCCUUUCGUGAUCUUGCAAUCGCUCUCUAAUUUAUUAAUAUAUAUAUUAUAGAUUUCUUACAUUCUAAUCGAUCGAUUAUCAGUAGAAAAUAAACGGACACAUUGGUUGUUAUAAGAAAAUUAAUAUCGCAACAACGAAAUCCCGUGUACAUAUCAAAAUACACAAGUAACAAUGUCACAAGCGACAUUGCUUUAUAUAUAUAUAUAUAUAUUUAUAUAAAUAUAAUGCUCUUCAACGAAUAACAAGAUGUUUUAUCUUGAAUUUAAAAUGUCAGAGACAAAAUGGAGAUGACAUUGGCAUUUUACAUGAGUAACAUGAAAUUUAUAUUUGGAAGAACUCAUGUGCAUUCGAAGAUUAUAAAUACAUACAAAUAUUAAAGUCCGCAAUAAAAAAAA